GUGAAUACAAAGGACGGGGACUCCGCGGCCUGUAUUAGAUAUCGGUAACAGCGUCCCAUCUUGUCCAAUGGUGGGUUUCGGGGAUGUUCGAGGCGGACGACCACUUUGCUGUUCAUUACGACAUCAGUCGUAUUGAACAGCAAGUCUUUCGGUCUGUCUCUGUCUGUGCUGGACUUUGUCAAUGGAGCUCAGGUCAGGCCAUUUGGUUCUUAAAUUUCAAUUUGAUAGCUUGUGGUAUGAAUUGGAGCCAAGAGUCUUUGCCAUAGAGAGCUGAUGUUCGAGUGACUGGUGAUAGUGAAGAGCGUCUCAAUCAGUGUGUACGGAGUCAACACGCGGACAUUCACAACUUAUGGCCACUGGAGUAUCGAUGGAGAGUAAUGCUCUGCGCCACAUCGUGAUGAUCAAAGUGGCAGACAAGGAGAACAUUGUUAAGAUGUUGCAAAAGUUGGAAAUUCUCGGGGAAGGAAUUCCUGGAGUUCAAUGGAAUACUUUCACAGUGAACACUGAUAUUGGCCUCAUCGAAACAAAUUAUGACAUGGUACUGACAAUAGACUUCCCUGACAAGAAGAACUUCUUCGAGUACCAAACGCAUCCAGUGCAUGUAGCUUUGGUAGAAGCUAGUACACCUCUGAUAGCUUCAUUCUCUGUAAUUGAAUUCUACCUAGCACCGAAGCAGUGAUGUAUAAGGUAACCGUGGCCUUAGUGCAAUGAUCAAAUGUCGUUGACUUUGCAUAAUAAUAAAGACUCUCUUCAACUGU